GAUAAGGCGAAUGCACCGAUGUUAGGCCGUCGUGAGCUCGCCUGGUUAUACCUCUUCAUCCUCGACUUGCCAACCACACAUGGCAAACCGGGAUUGGUCACAUUUCGCUAUAUUGUUGUCAGUUUAGACAGGCUCGGAGGUGAUGGGUCUGGUCUGAGGUUGCAGUUCUUGAUGGUGGCUGGUGUUCAUGGCAACUUUUAGCGGCUCGGCAGAGCUGCAUGACGGCCAUGAUAUUACGAAGUGACAAGGUUUCUCUCCCAAGUCUCGGGCCUUGCAGCACAACCGGCAUCUAUGUAUAUGAAUCCGCUAACGACGUUUCUGACAGCAAUCAGCUCACGAUGACCUCUGACCAUGUCAUACCUGGAUCUCGGGUUCCGACAACUCGGCUUUCGUAUUGGGCGCUUUCACCGAGAUGCCUAAGUAGCUUGAAAACGAUCUCGACAAUGAUGCCUGGAUCUGGAGCUUGCAUCGUCAUCGUACUGACUACUCCUACAAGCUUAAAAAAGACGCAUACUAUCCAUUGCCGGACGUCUCGAGACACGUACGCGUUUCACGCGCCACCACAUAAGCAAUUAGCGGCACUAGUUGAACGCGGGGUGGCUUAUCCUCCGCUGGGCUUUAUUGGCAUGUUAGGCGGCUGCCCUGGCAGUAACCAAGAACCCGAGACCAUGGCACCUCUCGGUAUCGCCAAAUAACCUCAACGAGAUCAAAUAACCUCUGAUUUGUUCUUUUUGCUUUUUUCGUUCGCGUCUAUUACUCAGCACGUGAUCACUACCAUACUACUGAACACACACUCAACCCUUCUAUUGGA